CAAAGUAGUCGGCGGUGAUAAAUAACACCAAUGGGUGGUGUUUAGCGGUGGAAUGUCGACGAUUAACCGAGUUUUUUGUUUACGUUCGUUUCGUUUCAGAUUGUAGGAGGAGCAGCACGUGGAGGGAGGUGAACUGGGAUCAAUUGCAAUUAGAAGUAACAAACUGUUGUUCCAGUAUCUGCAUUACUGCCGAGAAGACAAUCGCACGUGGAGGGACUUAAGCUGGAGAUCAACUGCAACUAGAAGUAACAACUAACAUUUCAGUUACUGAAUAACUGCUUAGUAGACAAUCCAGAAACAGCACGUGUGAGGACUGGAUGUGGAGACCAACUGCAACUAGAAGUAACAAACUGUCGUUUCAUUACCUGAAUGACUGUGACGCCGGCAAACCGGAUUGAUCGAUGACAACAGCGGCCAAUAGCAAUUGUUUCCUCUGAUUAAAGCUGUACAAGUCAGCUGAUCCGGGGCAGCGGCUCCUCAAUCGGAACCCGUUAUCGAGAUGACGAAUCAGAAGGGAAAUGUGAAGAGUGUUGCUCGUUAAAGUAUGACUUCAACAGUAAAGAAGCAUAUUCAAGAUGCUAGCAAGGACGUGCAAACUUCAAGAACAUGUGAAAGAUAAUGGAAACCACAGAAUCCACGCUGUUUGAAUUCGGCGAGCUUUGCGAUUCAAAACACAAACAAAUACAACUCAACUGAGCGCACCUCGAGCGAAUACGUCAAAACAAGAACCACCGUCCAUUCCCUCGUUCGGCGGCCAGCUGUCAAACGUUCCACCACAGAAUCGAAAAGAAAAACAUUGAACUACUUGCUGGCUCGCAUCGCACACGUUCGACCAAAACACAGAGCGAGCAAACCCUGCGAGUUAGAACCAAUUUCAUGGCAAAUUAGCAAAACAAACACAGUGUCGAGCGCGCGAGGAUCGGUUCGUCCAGAGGGAAGGAUGCUGUCGUCCAGGUUGCUGCCACUGCUGCUGCUGGUGUCCGCCAGCAUCUGCUACCACAACACCGAGGCCAGUACGCACUGGUUGCUGAACACCAAUGGCCAAAUCAUACCGCAGCUCACCUCGCCCUUCUACCUGCGCCGCUCGUACGAUCUGAUCGCGUUCCUCAACCAGAAUGUGUACAAGCAGAAAAUAGAUCUGAUCAUCGCGGAGCUGCUGCAAAUCAAAUCGAAUCUCACCGCCAAGAUGAACAACUUGGACGCGUACACGAACGAGCUGACCAACAAGAUCGGCUGCAUUCCGAACUUUUACCUGGACGAGUCGGACAUCCUGAGCACGAUCAUCAACAUGAACUACAUCAACCGGAUCACGGUGCCGGACAAGACGUCGACGACGACGGUGUCCGCCAGCGUAGGAAACUCCCGUGCCGUGGCGUCCAAGGGCAAGAACCCGUCGCCCAAGUGCGCCGACUACCUGAAACUGGACUUUAGCGUGGCCAGCUUCGACCAUCUGGACGGACUGCACAACCGAACCCAGCUCAAGAUGGCCCCGGAAGACAUGUUCAAGUCGCUCGAGUACUACAUCCCCUCCGUCAAAUCCCCCCAAGCCCUCGCCGACGAUCUGCGCAAGCAUCCGACCUCCUGGAAGUACCACACGAUAGCGUCCUACUACUGGCGCAAAAAGGGCAACGCCCGCGAAGCGAUCGAGUGUGCCCGCCGGGCGGUCGUCCUCGCGCCCCGCAAACACAAGGACAUCCCGCUGCUCAGCAUGGGCACCAUUCUGCAGCGAUCCCAGUACCUGAACGACUCGCUCGUGGUUCUGCGGGCCGCCGUUGACCACGAGCCGAGCGAGCCCGAGAACCAGAUGGCCCUCGGCAACACGUACAUGCUGCUGUCCGAGUUUAACCGGUCCUUCGAGGCGUACAAGGCGGCCGAAAGUUUGGACUCGGUCUACUCGGAGCACAACGACUACAUCAAGAAGUCGAUCAACUGCUUCAAGGAUCUCAAGAUCAACCUGCUGACGAUGGAGAGACUUCUCCAGGACAUCAUUCCGGGCCUGGAACGGUACGGUUCGCUUCAGAAGGAGUUUGACGAGUACCACGAAAAGCUCGACCGGGAGCAGGCUCCCCUCAAAACUCGCGUGUUCGACGAGGCGUACAGCAAGCAGGUGGACUUUCUGAUCCAGCGCAGCCAAAUCUGUACGACGCGCAUGACCAAGGAGAAGAGCGAACCGAUCCUGUCCUGCGACUUUAUCUCCGACGUCCAGAUGCUGAUGGAGGACUUUGCCGUGGAGAUACUCAACAAUUACGUCGACCUGAAGAAGGAGCUGAUCAACACGUACAAAAUAAAUUCGCUCGGAAUUUACAAGAAGAUCUUCGUGGAGCAUUUCUGAGAGUCAGUGUCUCCCCUUAAUGACUUUCGGUUUUUAAUUAAGUGUCUCCACCUUCCGGAACGGAAAUGAGGUGGGGUUUUUGUACAAAUAAAGAAGAUUUUAACAUUUGAAGCACAAA